AUGGAGGGCUCGAAGGAUCUGGAGAGCAACCUCCUGACACAGCCCUGGGCUUCUGUCUGGUUUGGCGAGUCUGCUUUUCUUGCCAAGGUGUACUUCAGCGAUACUGGCUACAUCCUGCUGAUCUCUGACCUCAGCGGCGUUUGGUACGAGUGUGCAGACGCUGAGGCCGUGGGGCAAAGGUCCAAGGAGCUGAACAAGAGGCUGACAGUCCAUGUGUCCUCCUUCCUGCAUCACUUGAGCAACCUGAUGUGCCCCCUGCUGGCUGGGCAGCCAGAUGCCACAACCUCUUUCUCCUGCCACUGCACUGCUGGUGGCCUCAGCCUGUCCGUGAAGAGUGAGCUCUCAGGACUGCCUUUCUACUGGGAUUUCCGCUGCUGCCCUGCUCCUGUGGAGAUG